ACCGCACCAAUCAUUUACAUCAAUCACCUUCAUUCUUUGGCAUGGCGUUAAUAAACCCUUUAAUCGAAACUUUCAAAUUGGGCAAAAUAUUACAAAUUUCUGUGCAUUCUGAUGAAAAUGAUCAAAAAAAUUUUGAAAGGGCUUCUCACCAAUGGCAGAGUUGCUUAAGCACACGUGUGGCACAGUUGAUUUUGCCAAAAGCCGUGGUUGGUAUCGAUGGCUCUUUCGAGAAUGUAAUUUGUAGUAAUGGAUUAUUUCGACAAGAAACGAUAAUUAACAUUCGGGAAAAUUCUUUCCCGUUUGACACUUCAGAGGCGGAAGCUUUCGAUAAAGCAUCGCCAAAAAUAAAACUUGUCGCAAAAGAGGCAGCUCAAUUCAUUGAUUCUAACAUAUCAACAACUAAUGAUUUUUUUGACUUAUACACUAAAGAGUUGGAGUGGUGCGGUUAUAAUGAUAUAUUCGUCAAGUGCGUAGAUUUAUAUCAUAAACAAGAUUUUUUCACAUUACUUCUUUUGGGAAUUUCAUCUUUAGAGAGGAUAUUGGGUGAUAUAAUAUUUUCCAUUCAUAAUGAUACAUUUAUUAUUCCAUCUCUUAUUCGUGACCUUCUUAUUGCUCAACCACUUGUUCCCUUGUUGGGAGAAGAUAUAAUUUUUUUCUUACGUUGUUUAAUUGGCCCCCCAAGUUCAAUGAAUCUGAGAAAUAUUCUUUGGCAUGGAUUUAUUAGUCCUAAUGAAUUUUUACCUAUUCCCGCUAAAUGGUACUGUGCUCUCGUUAUAGUAAUCACUCUAACUAUUUGUCAAAGAGUAAGGCUUUGUGGUUUGAUAGAUUCAUUAAAGAAAAGAGAUGGUGCAAAUUUUGAAGGUUUUUUUCAUUUAUCUCAACUCAACAUUAUUGCAGAAAAUAUCAUUAUUAGCGAUGAGAUUGAUAAAAUUUUUGAUCAAGAAUACGAACGUGUCAUGUUUAGUCAAUCUGUGCCACCUCAAUACCCUCAUUUACAUAUAUUAAAAAAUUUGCUUUACAAGAACUUUUUCAUAAUUUAUCAAACACAUUCAACCUGGUCUCUUGCACUUAACUUCUUAUCUUGUAAUCAGCGUAGAUUAGGUACUGUAGAAGUUGGUCAAUAUUUUUUAACCUUAGACAUUAUUUUGGAAGAAAAAGUUGCUUUGGCGUAUUAUGGUCUAGAAAAAGAAAUUGAGGACAAGGAACCUAAAAAUCAAAUUUACGAGGAGUUUGAAGGCGGUAUUAUGGAUCUUAUGCUUGAUCUUUUUGUUCAUAACGCUGGUCCUAAAUUAAGAGAUCGCAUAGCGCAUGGAGAGGCAAACUAUCUCAUCACAUCCAUAAAGUCUAACCCAUUAUAUGAAUAUUAUCUUUGUCUUUUAGUUGUUUUGUGGAAUAGAUAUAAAUCUAAAGCACUCAAUGACGUGAUCGAUAUUGAUGGCUCACAAUUUUUUAUAAACGAUGAAAUAAUACGAAAUUAUGAAAUUUGGAUAUCCAAUUAUAACUCUAGAUUCCACCCUAUCCCCUUGCUUUUGAAGGAAAGUACUAGGUUAAUAGUCAUUACCUGGAAUUGUUGGAAGAUUGCCCAUAUUAUAGAACAAAAUGGCAGGUUUACAUUAGGCGAUUGGUCAGAACUAAUUGAAGAUCAGAAAGAUAGUCUAUUCCAGCAGGAUUUUCUCAUGGCAAUUGCAAAAAUGGAAAAUAUAACAGAUGUUUUGCUUAUAUCCCGCGAAAAGUUAAAUAAAAUUAAAGAAAAGAGGUUCUUUAAUGAUAAAAAAUUUUAUUGGUGUCGCUUAAGUAUUACAAAAGAGGAUUUGAAAGUAAUUAAUCUAAGGCGAGUGGUGAUCAAGAAGGCCAUCUCUGGUAUGGAGAAACUUUGUGACAUUCUUAGGGCCCUACAUUCUUCAGCUUCUCUUUCUUCACGCAAACGCAAGAACACACAGAAUCUCUUUACUCUAUUUCCAUUAAUAAUGCAACAUCUAUAUUAUUCGUUGUUUAUUCUUGAUUAUGCUACUGAACACAAAUUUAUGUUAAGUAUAUUGAUAUUCGUUGAAAGGUGGUGUGGAUUUUGUGUAGAAGGGAAAUGGAAAAAUAUAAAUGAUGCAUUUGAUGAAUUAAUUAAACAUUUGAGAUAA